GUUGUUGUGAAUUGUGAACACUGUUAAGUUUACACUGUAAACGCACUGGAUAUAAUAUUCUGGUUCAGCACUUCAGCGGCUGUACAGGAAAACAGGACUUGCGACUCACGAGUGCAUGUAAAGUGUAAACAAUAUUAUUAACAAAAUCGGACGUGAUAAUUCAAAUUAGUCGCCGUGUUUAAUAUAACUACAAACAUAGUGUAAUGGGCGAAGACAAAGAAAGAGAACGAGACAGGGGAGAAAGAGGAGAACGUGAUAAAGAACGUGAUAAAGAACGCGGUGAAAGACGGCGGCGUUCAAGAUCUAGAGACCGUGAACGACAUCGCAGACAUCGAUCAAGGAGUCGCGAAGGACGUAAACGUAGUAGAUCUAAGUCGCCUAAAAAUAAGUCUAGACGUAGAAAGCCAUCACUCUAUUGGGAUGUUCCACCACCAGGUUUUGAACAUAUUGCACCUCUUCAAUAUAAAGCCAUGCAAGCUGCUGGACAAAUUCCUGCGAAUACAAUGCCAGAUACUCCUCAAACAGCUGUCCCUGUCGUUGGAUCUACAAUUACACGCCAAGCAAGAAGAUUGUAUGUUGGAAACAUACCAUUUGGUGUAACUGAGGAUGAAAUGAUGGAGUUCUUUAAUCAGCAAAUGCAUUUGUCUGGAUUAGCUCAAGCCGCUGGCAAUCCGGUGCUUGCAUGUCAAAUUAAUUUAGAUAAAAAUUUUGCAUUUUUGGAGUUUAGGUCUAUUGAUGAAACUACUCAAGCAAUGGCUUUUGAUGGUAUUAAUUUCAAAGGCCAGAGCUUAAAAAUAAGACGACCACAUGAUUAUCAGCCAACACCUGGAAUGACCGAGAGUAAUCCAGUGACAAACUAUAAUUCUGGAAUGACAUUAGACAUGAUGAAAUAUGAUUCCAGUUCAUUUGGUCUUGGAACGGUUCCAGAUUCACCUCACAAAAUAUUUAUCGGAGGAUUACCAGCAUACCUUAAUGAUGAGCAGGUGAAAGAACUACUUACAUCAUUUGGUCAGUUAAAAGCAUUCAAUUUGGUCAAGGACGCUGCCACUGGUUUAAGUAAAGGAUAUGCGUUCUGCGAGUAUGCUGAUGUAGUGAUGACUGAUCAGGCCAUUGCUGGUUUGAAUGGUAUGCAAUUAGGAGAAAAGAAAUUAAUUGUACAGAGGGCCAGUAUUGGGGCCAAGAAUCCUGGGCUUGGUCAAGUACCUGUCACGAUUCAAGUCCCUGGACUUACAGUUGUUGGAACUGCAGGACCACCAACUGAGGUUUUAUGUUUACUGAAUAUGGUAACUCCUGAUGAACUAAAAGAUGAAGAAGAAUAUGAAGAUAUUCUGGAAGAUAUCCGUGAAGAGUGUAAUAAAUAUGGCGUUGUUCGGUCACUAGAAAUUCCACGACCUAUUGAAGGAAUUGAUGUGCCUGGUUGCGGAAAAGUGUUUAUAGAGUUCAAUGCUAUUGUUGACUGUCAAAAAGCACAACAAGCUUUGGCAGGCCGAAAGUUCAACAACAGAGUUGUGGUUACUUCUUUCAUGGAACCAGAUAAAUAUCACAGACGAGAAUUUUAAUUACCUACAAUAAAUUUAAAUUUUUAUAACUUAUUUUAAGUCACAGAACCCCCUCAAUACUGAAUUGUGACUUUUAAACUAGUACAUUAACCCUUAAAUGCAUGUUUUUUUUAGUUUUUUCAAAAAAGUAUUUUAUUUGACUUGUAUUUUACAAUAAAAAUAUUUUUAAAAAAUAAUUCCACCAAUUUGAAUGGUUAUUGAAAACAUGUAUACAAUGGAUAUCGUUAUCUCAUGUCAAAAGUGGUAAGAGGACCAUACCACCCAUAAUUUAUCUGUGAAAAUGGUUUUGUGCUACACAACCCUACAGAGACAGUAUUCAUACCAGCCUUACCAAUUUUUGCCAUAAAGUAGAAGACAUGUAUUGUGUCAAAACAUUAUUUUUUUUUUUUUGUUUUUAAUUUGUUUGUUAAAAAUGAUUAGGUGUUUAUUUAAGAAAAAAUAAAAACGGACACAGAUAAAGUUUUCUUCUUAUAAUGUGAUUAAUUGGUAUAUCUACUGUAGUCACGAGGCUAAAUAAUAUGCUUAUAAGUUUGUCCUGUUCAUAACGGUUUUUAUUUAUAAUACUCAUUACUCAUUAGACAACAACCAUUGUUGGUACUGACAUGGGACCACUUUUAAAAUACUUAAAUUAGAAUAUAUGCUCAAGAUAAACAACUCGAAAUUGUCUGUGUGAACCUCUUAAAUAGAAGGCGUAGUGUCUUCAUUUUUAUAGUUUUUGUCAAAAUUUUAUUUUAAAUAGUAAAUACACCUAACAAUUCGAGUUUUUCAAACUGGAUGUUGUUCGAACUGUGA